AGCGUCCUUCAGCUCCAUUACACCAUCUAUCAUUGUUUAUCUCUAUCACAAGGUAUUUUCGCCCAGAUUUCAGAGCAAUAGUAGAAAUCUGGUGGCCGCUUGACCUGAAAUAUUGGAUUAAUGAGAGUGGAAAGGAGAUGGACUCAUCACUCACACACACACCACUUCCAAUGACACCAACGCAAGGGAUGACUUCAACAUCACCGGGUUCUCGACCAGGUGAACAUAUUAGCGACUCUGGCGCAGACAAUCCACCAUCUCCGACCCCAUCUUCCGGCACUCCUAACUCACGCAAAGUUUCAGCCAAACGAGCAGAACAAAAUCGAGCAGCACAGCGCGCCUUUCGGGAGCGCAAGCAACGGUAUAUCAAAGAGCUGGAGGUAAAAGCUGCCCUUCUAGAUGCUCGAAAUGGCCAACUUCAAGAUUCCGAGAAUCGACACCGAGAACUUCGUAACAUGGUGGAAAGACUUACGCGAGAGCGGGAUGUGCGGAUCAAGGAGCGGGAGCUCUGGUGGAGAGAGAGAGAGGAAGUGUUUAGGAUAGUGGAUGCGCUGCGACGAGAUCUUGAACAGCUUCACGGGGAAAAUGAACGACUGAAGGAGGUCGUUUUUGGAUUAUGGCAGGAAUCGCGUGAGACAAGUGCAAGUGGAAACGAAGAGACUGAAGGAUGUAACGGUGACGACGACGGUGCUGAUGUUGAACCAGGGGACAGAGAGAAGGCAAUUGCUUUGUCGCAAUACGAUAGACAUGCUGACAAAGAAAAGGUGCUCUCUAUUGACAAUUCUGGAAAAGCUGAUGCUGAAGGUUCAGCGACGAGCAAUACGUCUCUCGGAAGCGUUGCGUUUGCUACAUUAAUCGAGCGUGGCACUAGUGGGAGUAGUGGUGCCACGACAGGAAACAGCUUGUCGGAUGCUCUUUUGGUGGAUCUAAAAAAUCGAAUCAGCUACUGGGACGCAGAGCGAGAGGCCCUAUACCGAACUUCCGCGUUCCCACCAAUGCCCGUGGCUCCUAAUGCAUCGCUGAGCAUGGGAAUGACAACACCACCUUAUGGCGCACCUAAGACGACAGGAGAUGGCCGUCCGCCAUCUGGGCUUGCAGUCCCCGCUCAUGCAUCCGGGUCGGCCUCUCAGCCUAGCAGCGCAGGGGGGGAGCGAGGUGGAACGUCCAAUGGAGUUGCAGUGUCGUCGACGGUCGCAACGAGUAUUCCUAACACCCCAAUGGCAGUGCUAACAACGCCAUCACCAUCCGUUAGUGCGCCCUCAGCCGCAGUUGCCGCAGCUCCAAAUUUCAUGGAUACUCUGUUCUCGACAAUUCUGUCGGCAUCAGGACCAUUUAACGGUAUGUCGGGGGUUCCUAAUAUAGGUGGAGUAGGGGGACCAUUCGUUCCACUUUCGGUUGGAAUGGGACCUUUAACUGCGACACCAGCAGCUCUCUCCGCUGCCUUGGCGACAACAGGGAAAUUAGCUCCAGUUACAGGUUCACCAGCUGCGUUGCCGGCGACGCCUUUAGCUGGUAUUAAUGGAAGCAACUACUUCGGAAAGGCGGGAUCCUCGCCGUCGCAGCUUCAACCGGGGGCCGAGCCGCAAACGUAAUGAUAGUAUACUUUGUAUCUGGUAGUAUAGUAGAGAUUAGGCGCAGGCGGAGAUGUCACUAGUUCUCUGAUUGAAUCCAUGUUUCCAACCGGAUUCACGAACAUUAAUUAUAGCCCCACGUGACGACGCUUGCCAGACCUCCACCCAAUCUCAG